CCAUAUAAGCGGAUAUUACUCACCUUAUACUAACAUAUGAUUAUUAUAAAAUUUGUUUAAAUCGUAACUGUUCGGUUUAGUUCGCCAACGAGAGUUUACCUGCCAUAAAGUAAAUAAAGAGGACGAAUUGUUUUGAAGAUUCAAAACCUUGUUAGUUAAUCAUCAUCUUUGUGCAUCAUCAUGUUGGUUGCUACGCUAGUACUUUUGACGACCCUGGAGGCAACUUUCGCAGGAUAUGCAGGAAGUAAUUCGAACGAAGUUGGUAACGGAUAUGGUUAUGGAUUCUCUGGUAGCUAUUCGGGAAAUGGAGGCAAUAUUCCACAGCCGCCUAUUCCAAACUUCCAGGAAUUUGGGGGCCUUCUAAACGGUUAUUUUGAUUCAUUUAGAAAGUAUCAUGAGCAUUUCCUUAAAACCAGAGUCCCACACUCUUUUGCUCUUACUUCAUCUUCUCUUUCUCCCUCUUCUUCUUCUAGAGUUCAAGCUUCGUCUUCAAUUAAAUUUCUACCCACCCGCAAAAGUCGUCUGCAGCAGCAAGUAGAGCAAGCAGGUGGACAAAAUCCUGGGUAUGCCCCAGGAUUUUCAGCCUACGGUGCAUCUAAUGAUGGUAAAGGAGGAAACGGGGGUGCUGCAGUUGCCUCUGCUGCUCUUGGACCACAAGGAGGCUAUCAAGGAGCAGCCGUAUAUCCAGAAAAUCCGAACGCACCCAAUAUUUUCACAAGAUUCGGAGGAGCCGGUGAAGGAGGACCCACAGGUCAAGGAAAUUACGGAGUUUUCACUUCAAGCGUCAGCUCGUCAAGCAAUCUCGACGGUAAAGUUCAUAAUUUUCAUAGAGCUACAACCACGAUUAACGACAAUGGUAAAGUCACAACAUACGAAGUAAAAAAUCCGUAAAUUUGUUAGUUGGAUAAAAACAUAUUAAUAUUCAUUGUGACAUAGAGUAUUCAUUAAAGUGGUUUGAAUUAUA